AUGCUGGCCUCAUAUGAUGAUGUGCUGCCCCCUCCUGGUGACAUCCAGGUCCUGUUGCUGACGUCAGACUCAGUGUCUCUGAGCUGGUGUUCUCCUCAGGGGCUGACAGGACCACAGACAUUCAGAGUGACCUGGGGGUGUGACGGUGAAACAAGCUCAACAAGAGUGAAAGUGGUCCCACCCAGAGAUUUCAAGAUAGACCAUUUGGAAGAGACCUCCUUCACUCUCCCCUGGUCCAAUGCUGAAGGGGUGGAGAAUGUCCCACAGCACUUCUUCAUAUCCAACUGCAUCCCAGGAAGAGACCCCCUCGCAGCCAUUACUGACGACUGCCACAAAACCUUCUCAAACCUGCAACCUGGCACAGAGUACACUGUUAGUGUUUCAACUGUGCUGAGCAAUGGGGAACAGAGUGAACCUGUCUCUACAACUAUCUGCACUAGGACAGAACCACACAUCACUAACAAAUCUUCACACAACAUCACUCUCUCUGACCUGCAACCUGCUACUGAAUACUCUGUCACUGUCUGCACUGUGUUGGAAAAUGGAAAGCAAAGUCAACUGGUGUCUACAACCCUCACCACAGUACCUCCUGCUCCGGACCAGCUAACUGUUGACACCACGUCAGGUACUGUUAGCUGGAACCAGCCACCAGGAUUGGACCAAACCCAACAUCAUUACCAGAUCUCCUACCAGUGUCCAGGGACAAAACCCCACUACACUACCACAUCUUCACACAGCCUCACUCUCUCUGACCUGCAAUGUGGUACUCAGUACUCUGUCACUGUCUGCACUGUGCUGGAAAAUGGAAAGAAAAGUAAACUGGUGUCAACAACCCUCACCAAAGUACCCCCAGCUCCAGACCAGCUGACUGUUAACUCAGUAGACACCACAUCAGCUACUGUUAGCUGGAGCCAGCCACCAGGAUUGGACCAAACCCAACAUCAUUACCAGAUCAUCUACUACGGUCCAGGGACAGAACCCCACUACACCACCACAUCUUCACACAGCAUCACUCUCUCUGACCUGCAAGGUGGUAGUCAGUACUCUGUCAUUGUCUGCACUGUGCUGGAAAAUGGAAAGCAAAGUCAACUAGUGUCAACAACCCUCACCACAGUACAGUGGUGGGAGAGACCCUCUGGAGUUGCUGCAGUGUGUGUUCUACUGGCUGUGAUCAUAGGCCUGUGGGUUUCCUAUGCCACUGUAGCGCGAGACCAGCUACAGUAUAGUCUACAUUUCAGGACCACAGAGAGAGACCAGCUACAGAAUAUUCUAAAUACCAGGACCACAGAGAGAGAUCAGCUACAGAAUAGUCUAAAUACCAGGACCACUGAGAGAGACCAGUUAAAAACCAGGCUUAGGUCCUAUGAGAAACCCUGUCUGAAUGAAUGGUGGAAGUUUGGCACCAGCUGUUAUUAUGUCUCCUCCACGAGGGACUCUGCCGGGGACGGUCAGCAGCAGUGCAGAGCAAUGGGUGCUGAAUUGGUUGUUAUAAACAGCAGAGAAGAACAGAUAUUUAUCCAUGGAUUAAAGAAGAAUGUCUGGAUUGGUGCACAUAAAAAUGACGGAAUCUGGAAGUGGGUUGACGACACAGCAUUUAAACCUACCUAUUGGAUGGAAGGGGAACCAAGUAACUUGAAUGACGAGGUGGCUUGUAUUGAGAUCUCACAGACGGCAUCAGACCCAUUGAAGAGUUGGAAGGGUGGAAUAUGUACUUUAAAUUACUGGGUGUGUGAAAAACCGUUCACACCGUAGUCUAAUUAUAAUCACUAAUGUAAGCCCCUAUCUUAUGGAGUUGCACUGGUUUUCCCUUUGUUAGGCUUAACGUGUUUCUAUGUGUAUCUAUAUUGAAAUAUGUAUUUGAUGUCUUUAAAGAGACCAGGGCUAUGUGGAGUUUGUCCACCAUUCAUCAGGCCCAGGGGAGUGGAACUGUGGUCUAGUAGGCUCUAACUGUGGUCUAGUAGGCUCUAACUGUGGUCUAGUAGGCUCUAACUGUGGUCUAGUAGGCUCUAACUGUGGUCUAGUAGGCUCUAACUGUGGUUGACUUUUUUUAAAACUAUAUUUACAAUUUUUACCAUUUAAUGUGUGCAUACAACAAUUGAAUAAGAUUCUGUUUUCAUUUAAGUUUUUACAAUUAUCAAUCCAUUUCAAAUGCAGCAGUGUUCUAUGUUUCCUUCCAUUCCAUUCCAUAUGUACCAUGUGUUCAUUCUACUGAGUAAAUACAUCUAUAUACUGUGAUCUAGGUAUGUCAUUUACUUGUCAGGUAUACUGUAAUACUAAGUGUUGUAAUGUAUGAAUAGUAACUCCAAUGUUUUCCUUCUAAA